AUGGCGGCGGCUGGCCGCGGGCGGGCGCGGGCCCCGGCGCCCUGCGUCUACGUGACGCGCUUCGGCUCGCACCGGGGUGGCGGCGUGGCGCAGCUGGGCGGCCGCCGGGCGCAGGGCCGCUGGGGCGAGGGGCUGGGGGCGGGCUGCCGCCGGGCGGAGGCGUCGUGCGGCGGGGAGCUGCCCCCCGGCCCCGGGCCCAGGGCCCCCGCGGCCCCCUCGGAGGCGCGGGCGUCGAGCGCGCGGAGCGGCCCCGGGCCGGCGGCACGUGCAGGUUUAACCCAGAAGAAUUUAGCUAAAAAGUUUGAUUUUCCCAUACCUUUGAACGAAGCUUCCAAAACAAUGAAGAAAAAGAAAAAGGUUUCAGUAUGGAAUAGAGUAUACAAAGUCAUUUCUAGAAUGCUUGAAGAGAAUGAAAAAUAUAGACUCAGGCUGAAACACCAACAAUUAUCUGGUGAAAACUCAAAUCACACAAGAUGAAUCUUCUUAUCAUCUUCUGGGUUAACCUAUCUUUGGAUCUGUUUACCAAGGAAGAUUAUGAAGAGUUUAAAGAUGGAGC